AUGCUGACGUAUUUCCGUCUCAACACAGCCCUCGAUAGAAUUUCUCAAAUCGGAGGCCAGCUCUCCGGCAACCAGACCGCUGGCGGUCGCGACAAGAUUCUCGAGAAGCGCCCCGACGAUGUCGUCGUCACUGCCUGCUGCCGAAGCGCCUUCACCCGGGGCGGCAAGGGCGGCUUCAAGGACACGCAGGCCGCCGACAUCAUGGCCGGCGUCCUCAAGGCCAUCAUCGACCGCUCCCGCAUCAACCCGGCCCUUGUCGAGGACAUCUGCGUCGGCUCCGUCCUGCCCCCGGGCGGCGGCGCCACCGAGAUGCGCGGCGCCAGCCUCGUCGCCGGCUUCCCCGAGUCCACAGCCGUCCGCACCCUCAACCGCCAGUGUUCCUCCGGCCUCCAGGCCUGCGUCGACGUCGCCAAUCAGAUCAAGACGGGCAUGAUUGACGUCGGCAUCGGUGCUGGUGUCGAGAGCAUGUCCCUGCAGUAUGGUCCUGCCGCCGUCACCGAGUUCUCCGAGCUCCUCGAGUCCCACCCCGAAGCCGCCAACUGCAAGGUGCCCAUGGGCGUCCUGUCCGAGGACAUGGCCAAGGACCUCAAAAUCAGCCGCACCGACCAGGACGCCUUUGCCGCCUCGUCGUACCAAAAGGCCGUCAAGGCGCAAAAGGAGGGCCUCUUCGACGACGAAAUUGUGCCCCUCAAGGCCAAGUUCGAGGACCCCAAGUCGGGCGAGACCAAGGAAAUCACCGUCGCCAAGGACGACGGUAUCCGCGACGGCAUCACCGCCGAGUCGCUCGCCAAGAUCCGCCCGGCCUUUGCCGCCGACGGCAGCAUUCACGCCGGCAACGCCAGCCAAAUAUCCGACGGCGCCGCCGCCGUGCUCUUCAUGCGCCGCUCCACCGCCGAGAAGCUCGGCCAGAAGAUCAUUGGCAAGUUUGUCUGCGCCUCCAUUGUCGGCGUCAAGCCCCUCCUUAUGGGCCAGGGCCCGUGGAAGGCAAUCCCCAAGGCCCUUGACCUCGCCGGCAUCUCCAAGGACGACGUCGACAUCUACGAGAUCAACGAGGCCUUUGCCAGCCAGUGCCUGUGGUGCGCCAAUGAGCUGGGCAUCCCCCACGAAAAGAUUAACCCCAAGGGUGGCGCCAUUGCUUUUGGCCACCCGCUGGGCUGCACCGGCGCCCGCCAGGUGUCGACUCUGCUGUACGAGCUCAAGCGGACGGGCAAGAAGGUAGGCAACACGUCCAUGUGUAUCGGCACGGGAAUGGGCAUGAGCGCUGUCUGGGUCGCAGAGUAG